UUCGCACUCUGGAAUUUGUUUUGAUUGAGUUCGAUUCACCGGAAACGUAUAAACAAGAACGAGUGUAUGCUUGAAAGAUCGUAGCUUAACGAUAAGUGUGUUUUAUUAAUAAAUACAGGACAUGUGAGACGAUGUGCUACAUACGGAUAAAGCUCUAUCUCACUGUGUAAGCAAUGGACGACAUCAACCUACAUUACCGCUUUCUGAACUGGAGGCGGCGGAUACGGGAGAUUCGUGAGGUGCGAGCCGUGCGGUACCGCGAGCGCUUCAAGAGAAUGCUGAGGGAUGGAGACGUGCUCAGUUACCAAGGGAACUCUGAUGAAGUUGGCUGCUAUGUUGCUCCAAGGCCCUUAUCCAAAGGAAACUACUACUUUGAGGUGACCAUUGUUGACACUGGGGUGAGGGGGAUGAUUGCUGUGGGCCUGGUGCCUCAACACUACAAACUGGACCAUCAGCCUGGGUGGCUCCCUCACUCAGUGGCUUACCACGCGGACGAUGGCAAACUAUACAACGGGAACACGGUUGGACAGCAGUUUGGGCCCAAAUGUAAUCGCGGCGAUCGUAUUGGCUGCGGGAUCUUCGUUGAUUCUUUUGACCAAGGGCAAACAACUGUCUUUUUCACCAAGAAUGGAAAAGAAGUAGGCUCAGUGGUGGUCCCAGGGUCUCCAGAAGCACUCUACCCAGCCGUAGGGAUGCACUCCUUGGGGGAGGAGGUGCAGCUGGACCUGCAAGCUGAGUGGAGGAUGGAAGGAGAGGAUGGACUGAUGUUGGUGGACAGCCAUGAGGAUGAGUGGCGGCGUCUCCAUGACGUCAGGGUCACAGGCACAUUGCUGGAGUAUGUGGGUAAAGGGAAGAGCAUUGUGGAUGUGGGUUUGGCCCAGGCCCGUCGACCCCUCAGCACCCGCUGUCACUACUACGAACUGGAGAUCACGGACGCAGGGGAGAAGUGUUACAUUGCCCUAGGACUGGCUCGCAGGGAUUAUCCCAAAAACAGACACCCUGGCUGGAGCAGAGGCUCCAUAGCCUAUCAUGCAGACGAUGGGAAGCUUUUUCACGGCAGUGGAGUGGGGGAUGCCUUUGGCCCUCGCUGUGUUGAGGGGGAUGCGAUGGGCUGUGGCAUCAUGUUCCCACGGGACUACGUCCUGGACAGUGGAGUGGCGUGGCUCCCUCAGAUGACAGUGAUGACGGGGACAUGGAGGUGCAGCCAAAGCAGCGGCGUGUCCAGAACGACCUCUACGCAAACGACGACGAUGAGGAGGAUGGGGAAGAACUUGAGAGGGACCAGGAGGGAAGGAAGGUCAUGGUGUUCUUCACGAGGAACGGAAAGGUGGUGGGCCGCAGGGAGGUGUCAGUACCGGCCGGGGGGUUCUACCCCACCAUCGGCAUGAUGAGCAGCGGGGAAAAGGUCAGGGUAGACCUGCACCCCCUAAGCGGCUGAGAGGAUGGAGGCCAGGGACAUGACCCGAGAGAGAAGUGGCCCCAACAAACACACUCAGAGGAUGACAGUGUACGAGGCCAGGUCCACAUGCAAUAGCGCUCACGCCAAACAAACCCAGCGUAGUGUUCCUCUUUAUGGAACGGCAGGAUCCAUCAGGUUGGUUUACUUAACUCUGGGUUGACUCCUAUUACUGGGAACACAUGGUAGAUAAUAGAUGGUAGGAGGGGUCAUAUAUUCAAAGCCGAUAUAUCAAGACUAAACUGCAUGGGUGCCUCAACAAUGUGCUUAUUAAGAUAUCUAUAGAAAAUACUAGAAAUCUGAUUGGAGGGGGAUAGCUGGACCAAUCAUGGGUCUUUAGCCACAAUCAGUCAAGUCUUAUUACUCUAAAUUCUGAUUUCAGAUAAAUAAAUGAAAAGAUAUGAAAACCUCAGCCAAUAAAUGCAGUUCUCAGGUAUGCCAGGAGCUAAAUGACUAAGAUGCUGUGUUAUGGUUGUUGUUUUUUCCAAGAUGAUUAUGAUAUCCUUUUAUAUGGUUUCAUCACAAGCACUUUAAUCUAGUUCUACUAUGAUGCACUACCACAGGCGUCACGCUCUUUCUCCUUUGGUUGUUUUAUAUUGUCAAAUGAAAGGUUCAAUUAAAUACUUGAUCUGUAAUUUGUUUUACUUUUUCUUCUGUAAAAACAACAUUGUGUUGAAACAACGAGUGUGCUGAUUGAUGACAUUCUAUCGUUUCAUAAAGGGAAAAUCAUGCACUCUAUUGAACUGUUCCUUACAGA